AAAUAUUGUAUUAUGAUAUGAGAUUAUUAAAUUAAAUAUACAGUAAGAAGUAUAAGUUAAAAGGCAUUAUGAAGAAGUUGAAGAAACAGCAUCAUAGAAUUCGAUUGAAAUGAGACCCAAUAGAAAAAGAGACUAAUUUUGCUUUGAUAUACACGUAUAUACUGAAAUGUACGUGUAAGUAGGUGGGUAGAAUGCAUUUAUAAAAAUAAUGGCUGACUAGUAGUGUAUCGUACACAGAAAGAAGCGAUUGUAUGGACUUUAGUUGUGAUCCAAGUCGAACAAAGUUACAUUUUGUAUUAAAGCACACAAUAGAUAUCGAUGGACUGAACUUUACAAAUACAAUCGAUAAUAAUUAGUAAAAGACCAAGCAAGUUUGCUAUUUAGCCUCAGUACACAACUUUACGAAAUUCAUAGUUGAAUAAAAUUUACAGUCGUAUGUAUGGUUGUAAAAAUGAAGAAAAAGAUCCAUAGAAAAGAUAUGUUGAUCGUAUGAUUGUUUUCUGUAUUAUACAGCUUGUUAUCAAACGUUUCAAUGAAGUCAUAUUGCUUAAAAGAGAAAGGAUACUUUCGGUCGCGAUGCGACUUGCACGAUACAUUUCGUGUUUUUUUCUUCAAUUAAUUGCAUUUGAGCUACGGUUCUUUGUAUUUUAUUAAAUUUUUCUACAUCCUAAAAAGAAGAUUUAACACGAUGGUACAUAUACCGAGUGCGUAUAGUUACAAUUUUUGGGCAAAGUCACCCACGGAAGUUGUUGAACUAACUUGUUUAAUGCCAAAUGGGGUCGUUAUACCCUUAGAGACUAAUCGCAAUAUCACUUUGGCCGAAAUUAAAGAGGAUCUCUGGGAUGAAGCCAGCAAAUAUCCUCUUCAUGGUACAUUAAAAGAUGCUCCGUCCUAUGUAUUUUCAUGUAUCAACUCUAAUGCAGAAGCAGAAGAACUACGAGAUGAAACGAGACGUUUAUGUGAUAUAAAACCAUUUUGUUCUGUGUUUAAAGUUAUAGAGCGUGAAGGUGUUAAAAGCGAUAGAAAUUUAGAUUCUCAAAUUGGUCUUCUCAUUGGAAAAGGAUUACACGAGUUUACAGCCUUAAAGAAUUCAGAAGUGAAUGACUUCAGAUGGAAAAUGAGAGUUUUAGGAGAUGAAGUUGCAAUGGCAAGACAAAAGAAGUCUUGGAUGGAAAAAGUACGUUACCAGUUUCCUACCCGAUUAGCACCAACUGCCACAAUACCAAAAAAUAUUGAAUGUCGAUUAAAAGAUGGGAAUAUCGUUCUUGUCACCAAAUUUGAGAAUACAGAGACGGCCUUCACAUUUCAAAUACCACACACUACGACGCCAUAUCAGUUAUUGGUAUCUAUUUUAAAUAAACGAGCAAACACGUUAAUGUCGAAAGGACACCCAAACGAUUUUACUCUAAAAGUUUGCGGACAGGAAGAGUAUUUAAUUGGAGAUUAUCCUUUAAUACAGUUUAGUUAUAUUCAAGAUUGUUUAGCGAAAGAUAUUACUCCUACAUUGGUUACUCUAAAUAGAGAUAGCGUCUCUGUUGAUCAAGAAAGUACUGCAGAGAACGUAGAAGUAGAUACCUUACAACGUACAAGGCCUUCCUUUUCUACGUUAACUCUACGUAAGAAGGGUAAACAUAUAUCUGCUUGGAAAAUAGAGGAACCGUUUGUUUUUACCGUGAAUGGUAUAUCACGAUUAAACUGCGAUGCAGCCCAUCGUACCGUUGAGAUUGGCCUUCAAGCUGGCCUUUUUCAUGGUGGAAAAUCUCUGUGUGAAAGCCAGAAGACUAAAGAAACUAUUGUCAGUUCCGACGGAAGUUGCGAAUGGGAAGAACCGUUGAGGUUUGAUAUAAAAGUGCGUGAUAUACCGCGAAUGGCUAGGCUGUGUUUUGUUCUAUAUGAAAUUAGUAAGACUGCGAAAGGACUGAAAAGUCGUAGAUUAGUUAAAGAUACCAAACAGGAAUUUUUUAUAAAUCCAUUAUGCUGGGCGAAUACAACCAUAUAUGACUUUAAAUCUCAAUUAAAAACGGGAGCAAUGACACUCUAUACGUGGACGUAUGCCGAGGACAUGCAAAACGACGAUCUUCUGCAUCCUCUCGGAACGGUAGUCUCAAAUCCCCAUAUAGAUAGAGCGGCUGCUUUAAUGUUGACAUUUCCAAAUUAUGGGAAAGACAAAUCCGUUCUUUAUCCAACUCCGGAGAAAAUGGUGGAAUAUGCGAGAAAGUUACGGGAAUCAUCUGCCGAACGUUCGAUCCAAGAAGAACCUGAUCAAGAAUCUGAUGUCGGUAAGCUUCAGCAACUCGAGCAACUUCGAUUAUUAGCGGAUAGAGAUCCACUGCACGAGCUUCACGAGCAAGAACGAAAGAUAAUGUGGACAUUAAGGCAUCACUGUCUUCUUGAGAUACCCACGCUGUUGGCCAGGUUGUUGCACUGCGUGGAAUGGAAUGAUCAUAGGGAAGUAGCUGAAGCUACGGCGCUAGUGCAACAGUGGCCCAAAUUACCCGUUGAAAAGGCACUUGAAUUAUUGGAUUAUGCUUACGCUGAUCAAAAUGUUCGAAGUUUUGCUGUGCGUUGUUUAAUGGAUGUCAGCGACGAAGAUUUGAGCCUUUAUCUAUUGCAGCUGGUACAAGCGUUAAAACACGAAAAUUAUUUAUCUUGUGAACUGACGGAGUUUCUACUGAGACGCGCUCUUAACAAUCGAAGCAUUGGUCAUUUCUUAUUCUGGCAUCUUAGAUCGGAGAUGCAAGUGGGUGCUGUAUCAGUUCGUUUUGGUUUGAUAUUAGAAGCGUAUUGUAGAGGAAGCCAACAGCAUAUGCGAUCGUUGUUUAAACAAAUGGAAUGUUUGGGCAAAUUGAAAUGUGCUUCCGAACAAAUAAAGCAGCGAAAAGAUCGGAAAGCCACGUUACAAGGAUUUCAAGAAUUUAUUCAAGAACCUCAUUGUCAAGAUGCGUUGUCAAACGUUUUAAAUCCAUUGGAUCCAAGUUUUCGAUGGAAACGCAUUAAAAUCGAGAAAUGUAGAGUAAUGGACAGCAAGAUGCGGCCACUUUGGUUAGUUUUUGAAAAUGCUGAUCCGUUCGGUGAUGAUAUUUACUUGAUAUUGAAACAUGGAGAUGAUUUGAGACAAGAUAUGCUUACGCUGCAGAUGUUACGAAUCAUGGAUAAGCUGUGGAAAAAAGAAGGUCUGGAUUUACGUAUGAAUCCUUACGGUUGCAUAUCAACGGAAAAUAGAGUUGGCAUGAUCGAGGUGGUUCUAAACGCAGAAACGAUUGCAAAUAUUCAAAAGGAAAAAGGCACUUUUUCGGCAACUGCUGCUUUUAGGCGAGGAUCUUUACUUGCUUGGUUGAAAGACCAUAAUCACACCGAGACAGCGUUGAACAGAGCUAUCGAGGAAUUUACUUUAAGCUGCGCGGGUUAUUGCGUGGCUACGUAUGUCCUUGGAAUUGCGGAUAGACAUUCGGAUAAUAUAAUGGUGAAGAAAACCGGUCAAUUGUUUCACGUUGAUUUUGGUCACAUACUUGGACACUUUAAAGAGAAAUUUGGAUUCAGGCGUGAACGCGUGCCCUUCGUGUUGACCAAUGAUUUCGUACAUGUAAUAAACAAGGGUCAGACAAAGAAGGGUCAAGCAGUUGAAUUUCAACGAUUUCAGAGUCACUGCGAACAAGCUUUUCUCGUUCUACGACAACACGGAGGUCUAAUAUUAUCAUUGUUUGCUAUGAUGAUAUCAACGGGAUUACCUGAAUUAUCAUCGGAAAAAGAUCUUAAUUAUUUAAGAGAUACUCUGGUACUUGAGAUGUCUGAAAGCGAGGCACAAAAACAUUUUAGGAGUAAAUUUGACGAAGCUCUUUGUAAUUCGUGGAAAACUUCGUUAAACUGGGCUUCUCAUAAUAUGUCGAAAAACAAUAAAACGACAUGAGCGGAACAGAAUAAAACAAACUGAAACGAAUGAAUUCGAUCGGCACAUGCUUAUCGACGAACAAGUGCCAUCGUAUCGUUCAAAUGUGCAAAACUUGAUUUGGAUGAUGAAUGAUUCUUCAUGAAAAGAAUAUACAUGUUUGCUGUAAAGAAGAGACGCAAACGAUGGAAUGAUUAGACAAAUUUUGUUGAUCACCAGCAACUAUUUUUCUCGUUGCCGUAUAACCGUAACGCGUGCGCAUCCUUAUCCCCACGCCUCCUCUCUGACUCCUUUUCUUUCCCUCUUUUUCCUUUCUCUAUAUUUCAUACACAUUAUCACAUACUACGCACGCACAGGCGUUCGAUUCUUUAUUGUACAUUUAUAUGCUACACCCCCCUUUUUGCCACUUAUGAUAAGUGGACGGAAAAUAGAAGCGAAAUACGUGUAUAGUACAUAUCAUUGGUUGACAUUGCGAUCGCAGGAUUCUCAUAAACAGAAGAUAAGCAGGCGUUACUUUGAAAGGAAUGUUUCAAGACGAUUCGCUCGCCUGACAAGAUUGUUGCAGUAUCACGGCUGUGCUAUUCUACCAGCAGUCUUAUAAUCUUCCGAUUGUAACAAAGAAUGGUCAAAGGCUUGGAAUAAACUUUGAAUAAUCCACGAAAUUUCUGAAUCCUGGAAUACUAUUGUAUCGAUUGUAAUAAACGAAGUUAUUCUUCA